AUGCCCAUCCUCCGUUUGAAUGCGGCAUCCGGCGCGAGACUGCGUCUGGCCACAGCCAGACUCAGCACUCGUCGUCCUGCUAUCCGAGCCACCGUUGUUGCCUCUCGACACAUCCUUCGUCCUCGCCUAUACACAACAUCAACACCGCUACGAAAUGCCUCGUCUCCCGAUGUCUUUCCUUCGCUGCUCGACCAGCCUGGUAUCUCCGACUACCUGAAUGCUGAGCAACCCGUCGCUGCCCCCCAAACCUUGACAGAGAAGAUUGUCCAGCGUCACAGUCUCGGUCUCGCCCAAGACAAGUUCGUCCAGUCUGGCGACUAUGUCACCCUCUCCCCCCAGCAAUGCAUGACCCACGACAACUCAUGGCCUGUCGCAACAAAAUUCAUGUCAAUUGGUGCCACAAAGAUCCACGAUCCCAAGCAGAUCGUCAUGACCCUUGAUCACGAUGUUCAGAACAAGACGGAAAAGAACCUACAAAAGUACCGCCAGAUUGAGAACUUUGCAAAAGAGCAGGGCGUCGACUUCUACCCUGCUGGUCGUGGUAUUGGUCAUCAGAUCAUGGUUGAAGAGGGAUACGCCUGGCCUGGCACCCUCUGCGUCGCUUCAGACUCUCACACAAACAUGUACGGUGGCAUUGGCUGUCUCGGAACGCCCGUUGUCCGUACCGAUGCUGCUUCCAUCUGGGCUACUGGUCGUACCUGGUGGCAGAUUCCCCCUGUCGCAAAGGUCACUCUCAAGGGUGUCCUUCCUGCCGGUGUCACUGGAAAGGAUGUCAUCGUUGCUCUGGCUGGCCUCUUCAACAACGACGAAGUCCUCAACCAUGCUAUCGAAUUCACUGGCUCUCCUGAAACCAUGCACUCUCUCCCUAUCGACGACCGUCUUGCCAUUGCAAACAUGACCACCGAGUGGGGUGCUCUUUCUGGUCUCUUCCCCAUCGACGGUGUUCUCCAAGGCUGGCUGCGCGCAAAAGCCACCGAGGCUGCUCUCUACGAGGACGCCGCCCUGACUUCAUCCCAGACUGCCACUCGCUUCAACCACCAGAGGCUUGACACUCUGUUCGAGAAGCCUCUGACUGCUGACAAGAACGCCAAGUACGCAAAGGAACUCUUCCUCGAUCUCGAGUCUCUCUGCCCUUACGUCUCAGGCCCCAACAGUGUCAAGGUUGCCACUCCUUUGAACGAGCUCAACGCACAAGACAUCAAGGUCAACAAGGCAUAUCUCGUUUCCUGCACCAACAGUCGUCGUUCUGAUAUCGCCGCUGCCGCAAAGGUUUUCAAGGAUGCAGCAGAGAAGGCUGACGGUGUCAUCCCUAAGAUCCCUUCUCACGUAAACUUCUACAUUGCCGCUGCUUCUCUUCCUGAGCAACGCGCUGCUGAGGAACAGGGCGAUUGGCAAGUUCUGCUCGAUGCUGGUGCCCAGGCUCUCCCCUCUGGUUGCGGUCCCUGCAUCGGUCUCGGAACGGGUCUUCUCGAACCCGGCGAAGUCGGCAUUAGUGCCUCCAACCGUAACUUCAAAGGUCGAAUGGGCAGUACAGAUGCAAAAGCCUACCUCGCCAGUCCUGAAGUCGUAGCUGCCUCGGCUCUCCAAGGCAAGAUCGCUGGCCCAGGGACCUACCAGAAGCCCGAAGGCUGGAACGGCGUCAUUCGUGGUGAAGGCGAUGGCGUACCCGAAGAUCAACGCAUGAUCAGCAUCGAAGAUGCCCUGGACAUGCUCGUCCGUCAAGCCGAAGAAGCCGUCGCCUCAGGCGAGAAGGAAGUAUUGGGCGCCAGCGCAGAGACCUCUUCCUCCGACGAAGGCAAACUCACCGACAUCCUCCCCGGCUUUCCCGAAAAGGUUACUGGAGAAAUCGUAUGGUGCAACGGUGACAACAUCAACACCGACGGCAUCUACCCCGGCAAAUACACCUACGACGAUGCCUUUUCCUCCUCUCCCGACCGCAUGGCCACCGUCGUCAUGGAAAACUACGACACUGAAUUCGCCUCCAUCGCAAAGGAAGGCGAUAUCCUCGUCGCAGGAUUCAACUUCGGCUGCGGUAGUUCUCGCGAACAGGCCGCUACCGCCAUUCUCGCAAAGAAGAUCCCCAUGGUGGUGGCAGGAAGCUUUGGCAACAUUUUCAGCAGAAACUCAAUCAACAACGCGUUGAUGGGUGUCGAAGUACCCAGAUUGAUCCAACGCCUGAGGGAAACUUUUGACACGCCCACUGCUUCUGCUCAAGGCACAGAAGCCAUCACCGAGCCCGCACAGAACAAGCAAUCGCUGGACACACCGCCACCGGCACCUACCUCCACUCCCAGUCAAGAAAAGAAGUUGACAAGGAGGACAGGCUGGACGUUUACGUGGGACGUCAGACGCAGUCAAGUUGUUGUGCAAGAGGGACCUAAGGGCAAGACUUGGAGCCAGAAGGUUGGAGAACUGCCGCCGAAUGUACAGGAUAUCAUUGCUAGAGGAGGAUUGGAGAAGUGGGUUGGUAAGGAGUUGGCUGCUGCCAGCAAGAUCUAG